CCGCUCACGAACGAGACGUUGCGAGACUGGGUGAAGCGCUGGUGCGGCGGCGAGCGCGAGGGCUUGCCGCCCAUUUCGACGUGGAAUACAAGUAAGGUCACGGACAUGUCGUUCUUGUUUUGUGUGUGGCAGGAAUCUUGGAAGAACUGGCCCUGUAUGAACUAUAUGGAAGAUAAUUUUAAUAGGAUGCUUCCGGCGGCCUCGUCGUCCUUCAACGACGACAUCAGCGCGUGGAAUACCUCUAAUGUGACGAAUAUGAGCUGGAUGUUCUACAGAGCCUCGUCGUUCAACCAGCCGCUGAACGACUGGCGGGUCGACAACGUCACGGAUAUGCAGUACAUGUUCGCCGGCGCCUCGUCGUUUAACCACCCGCUCGGCAAAUGGAGGGUCGACAACGUCACGAAUAUGAGCACGAUGUUCGCCGGCGCCUCGUCGUUUAACCAACCGCUGAACAACUGGCGGGUCGACAACGUCACGAAUAUGCACGCGAUGUUCUGCUACGCCUCGGCUUUCAACCAGCCGCUGAACGACUGGAACACCUUCAACGUUGACCUCUUCAGAAACCAGUCGAUGGACGGAAUGUUCUACUUGGCCUCGUCGUUCAACCACCCGACUAAUGUACCGGACCAUUUCCAGUUCAAUCCACACUUUUAUAUGAAACGGCUUUUUGACUCGAUCCCGCUCGGCGACUGGGCAUACACGGAAAAUAUGUAUGCGGGCAGCGCCGUGGACAGAAGUUGCUGCCUUGUCUCGUAAGUUUACUACGUUCGCACACUCCCGGAAGGAGCAAAAGUAAUAAUAGUAUCCUAAUAAUUUACGCCGGCGGCAGCGCCGCCCGGGCUCGGUGCCACGGCGCCAGCUCGAGGGCCCGGUCCCGCGCCGCGCCGUCCGCGACGGCCGCCUCGGGCAGACGCACGUGCUUCUUCAGGUACCGUGCGACGAACUGGCGCGCGGCGCCGUUCCGCGGCGACGAGUGCGUGCCGUCGACGAUGGCCAGCUUGCGACUGCCGCCGUACCUAUUUGCUAAGGCCUCGACGUGUUUCAAAGCGAUGAUCCGGUCCGACCGCGCCUGCAUGAAUAACGCCGGCGCCGAGCACUCGGCCGCGUGCCGCAUCGGCGACAAAUCUUUAAGAGGCGACAACCCGGCGAGCUGCUUGCACGUCGCGUCGAUGGAGUCCAACACCAAAUCCAACGCGAGUCUGGUGACGGUGAAGCCGGCGACGUACUUGCCGAGGCCGCCCGUCGCCGCCUUGGAGUUCUGCGCCACUAAGUGUCUAGCUAACUCCCCAAAGUCGGCAUACGGCGAAUCUAAGACACAAGCGUCGAGUCGCGGCGCGGUCACGUUCUUUUUCGUCAGGUACCUACCUUGAUAAUAAAUGACCGCCGCGGCGCCCAUGGAGUGGCCCCAGACGAUCAGCGACCCGACGUCACUACGCCGUCGCAGAUGCAACAGCACGAUCCGCAGAUCGUCGGCCUCGUGCCACCCUAAUGAAACGUGCGCGCCGUCGGAGACACCACUUCCGCCACAGUCCAACGCAAAUAACGUCGCGCCCAGCGACAGCGCCACGGGCAGGUAGGAACACGCCUGGACGCGCGACGCCGAGUUCGCGUGCAUGAAGACGACGCACGGCCUCUUUGUAUCGUCGGUGAAGCGCCAGUGCGAGCAGUGCAGCCGUAAGCCUCGCGCGUUCCGCAAAACCAAGUCGUGCCGUAGGCACCGCUUGUUCUGGAACUCGAACGACGAAGGUCCUAAGAUGCGGCAGUCGUAGAGGAACCGCGGCGGCCGGAUGACGGCGGAGACCAACGCGUUGUAGACCGUGGGUCGAUCUCCCAACGCGCCGCCGCCCUCCGUCGCGAGGGCUUCCGGCGUUCCUACGGUCGCUUUUGCCACUCGCGCCGCGCCGGCCGAGGGCAGGCCGGUCCCAAAUAUGGAAUGAUACUGGCACCGCGGCCGCUGCGACUGGAGGUCGUAGACCGAGUAGUCAUCUAAUAACCGCAAGACCUCCCGCGCCGCGCGCUCGUCAUCCCUUAAAUCAAUCUCGAAGCGCACGCGCCGCGACGGCGCGUCGAGGUCGUCGUCACUGGACGACUCGUCCUCGGACAACGAAGCAGGAGCUUCUGGCAGUUUGGGCGCCGGCGAGAACCACCAGGAGGCCUGGACCUUGGGCUGCGUCGCGCGGCCCUUGGACAGCGCCGCGAGUCUCCUCAAUCGCUUUCUUCUAGCGUCGUCGUGGGAAGUCGACCGUCUCCGCAUGAACGCCGGCCCCCAGCAGUCGAAGGGCUGCUCGGCCUCGAAGCGUAUAAUAGAUUUGUCGCGCGUCCACCGUCGCAGUUUCGCAAAGGGCACGCUCUGGAGCUCGGACGUCAGGUCGUUGGAUAGGAUGGCGGCACCAUCUCUAGAAACAGCUAACACGCGGGGCGGGCAGGCCUGGUCCCGCAUCGUCUCGCCGGGCGCGCGCCGCCGCACGGCGCAGGGGAACAACUGCGCGCCGAAGCGCGACGUCGACGCGACCGUCGCGAGGAACGCGGCCUCGGGCGCGUCCCCGUCGUCCGAGACGACGCGCUCGCCGUCCGCGACGGGCUCGACGAUCUCCAGCUCGAUCUUGGCGGCCUUCUUCGGCGCCUGGGCGACGGCUCGGGCCUUAUCUCUUUUCGCGGCUUUCUGCGCGAGAUGUCCAUCGAGAGCGGCGCGGACGCGGACCUCGUCGGCGCUCCCGAACUCCUGGACGCCGUGCGUCGCCAGCAGCGUGAGGGCCAGCGGCCUUACUAUCGUAUCGUCGUCGCCGUCGAGGCCCCGCUUCGCAGCCUGGCCGCGCGCGCGCGCCCAGAGCCGGAGCGCCGCGAGGUCGCCCGUGACGGCGUCGGGGAACGGCGCGGCGCAGCGCUCGUCGAGGGCGUAGGCGGCGGCCUGCGUGCGUUUUAGUGUCGAUGGCCGCGACGGCGUCGACGCGAUGAGUAGGACGCGGCACCAUGCUUGCGCGUGCAACAAGCGAGCGAGCGCGAACUCGUUGGCGGAGGCGGUCGACGUCCGGAAGCCCCGCGCGGCGGCCGCGAGCUGCGCCGUCGUAAUGAGGCGCACGGCGAGGACUACCGAUUGAUUCCGCAGGGACCGGGCCGUCGCGUCGGGCUCGUGCCGCGCGGCGCAGCGGCCGUCGCCGUUGUACGCAUACAGUCCGAGCGCCGAGACGUACUCGGCGCCGACGCCGAUCGCUAACGCCGCCGCCGACUGGAUGGACCGGGCCGUGUCGUCGUUCCUAGCUGUCACUUUGAUGGAAGAGCCGUCGAUAAAAGCCACCUCCACAACACAUGUAGACAUCGCGCCGAACCGACCUCGAUCCCUCAAUGCUUGUCCGACGUCGCACGAAGACGUCCGCGCCGUACUCGUACCGUUCGCGACCUCGUAGCUUUCGCCCUUGAUCAGCUUGGGGAGCAUGUGGGCCCUCCCUAUAUCUCUAGCUUUCUGCAGUAGACUUCUUCUUUUGGGAGCGGGCGGCGGCGUGGUGACGACGGUUAACGACGCCAUCUGCGGCGUCUCAUCAGAGUCGUUGUACGCGGCCCAGUCGUCGAUGCGUUGUGCAGCUUGCUUGCGGACCAUCGACGGCGGCAACGAAGAAGACCGCUUCUUCGGGCCGCCCCGCCGCCCGACGGGCACCUCGAGGGGCGUGAAGUCGCGCGUGGCGCGCGGCGCCUCGUCGGGUUCUAGGUCGAGGUCGUACUGCGGGAGGCUCGGCAUAAACUCCGACCCGACGGCGUCAAUUUCAAACUCCUGCUGCAUGAUCUCUUGCAAAGCGGCGGCGGGGCCCGCACUCUUCUGGGGUGUGGCCUUGCGGCCAUAACCAAAAAACUCCAUGCUGAUGCCUGGGCAGCCCCUUGCUCUUGCCGCGCGCGGGGCAGCCGCAGCGCUCGCGACGGCGGUCGUGGCCGUCCCGGCGUGUCGUUCCGGAUCCGUGCGGCCUGCGCGACGCGUGAGAGUGCGCCUGCGGCUCACGGCUGCCUGCCAAUUUUCAUUUUUUGACACGGGUUUUGCCCGUUUGCCUCCACCCGUUUGGAACCGCAUCUGCCCUGCUUGAUGAACACGAAGAACGCUACCCGGACGGUUGGCCGUCUUAGGACGAAUGCUAGUGUCUUACAGCUAGCCCACUCCCAGCUGCGCCUUUGUCUUUCGCUCCCGAUCGCCCUUGUUGGAGGCCGCUGCGACAUAUCCGUGGCUCGGUAUACCUUCAAGGCUGAUCCGCUCGAAAACCGGUGCAGCGACGGCACCCGCACUCCAUAAAAGGGCCCUCAAGUAGGAGGCCCUUUUGCUCGGUGCUCGCUCCCACGCGCGAGGCGCCGCGCGUCAAAAGACGGCCAGCGCGCAGACGCCACGGGACCGUGCCCCGCACGGAGACCCGCCCGCGCCACCACAAGCACACCGAGGCAUGAGCGCCGCGACGCCCCGAAGACUAGCCCAGCGCCUCGGCUGGACGAAGGCGAGCGACGGCAAGGGCGGCGACUGGGAGGCCUGCGGCGGCGCGGCGAAGUUCAACCUCGAGAAGCUCGUUGGAAGAGGCAGUUACGGCCAGGUCUGCGCCGCCACUCAAAUUAGUGAUGGGAAGCAGGUCGCCGUGAAACGAGUGGUAGGAGCCUUCGACUCUCGCAGGGACGCGCUGUGCAUCAUCCGCGAAGUGCGCAUACUCGCAGCCUUGCCGCGGCACGACAACAUCGUGAACCUCCUAGAUGUGAGGACGCCGCUCGAAGACCCCAGUGAUGAUGCGGACGUGUUCCUCAUCUUUGAAAAAGCAGCCACGGACCUGGAGAAGGUCGUGGCCUCGAACCAGUACUUCACGGGCGACCACAUCCGGUGGCUCUCGCUCGACUUGUUGCGAGGCCUGCGGUGGCUCCACAGCGCGGGCGUCGUCCACCGCGACCUCAAGCCGGCGAACACCGGUGUCCGUAUUUCAAGGGGAAGGGGGUCUGCGGCGGUUUCACGCCAUCGACGCGCGUCGUCUCCAGGAGAGGAGGCCGUGGGUGGUCUCUUUUCCGAUUUUGAGGCCGUUUUUGACUGAGACGGUUCCGUCCGCACAGGCGAACUGCCUCCUGGAGGUCAAGCCCGUCUCCUUGAAGAUCUGCGACUUUGGUUUAGCGCGAACGCUACCUCGACAACACUUACAACGUUCUGUGUCAUUACGGGCGGCGGACGACGACGACGCGGAGUCGCCCAAAGUGUUGCAUGCGCGGCCGCCCUUGCGGCGCCAGAUGACCACGCACGUCGUGACGCGGUGGUAUCGGGCGCCCGAGUUACUGCUGCGGGCGCCUCAAUACAAUAGUAGUGUCGACAUGUGGGCUUGUGGGUGCGUCCUAGCUGAACUUUUGUCCAUGGAAAAGGCGUCGGUGAAGUGUUAUCUUGAUAGAAGACCGUUGUUCCCCGGGGACGCGUCCGACCUGUCGCCGAGAACGAGGGCGAUCGAACCGGGCGACGACCAGCUCGCUACCAUAGUCCGAGUCGUUGGUUGUUCAGUACAGGACGUGGCAGCUUUAUCGUCUUCGACAGAGGUGGCUCAAAGACUAGAGGCUGCGAAACGGGCCGCCCCUACAGGCAGGAGGACCUUCGCCGCGCUGUACCCGGGCGCGGAGAAGGACGCCGUCGACCUGCUGGAGAAUUUGAUCAAGAUGGACCCGGCACAACGGUACUCGGCGGAUCAAUGUUUGGAUCACGCCUACCUGAAGCCGAUCCGCGGUGCAAAUGAUUUACUGGCGCCGCCGGACGCGCUGGACUCCGUGGACCCCGGGCCGUCGCUAGGGUUACCGCAGAUCCGGCGGUUGAUUCGGGACCACGCUCGCGGAUUUGCCCAAGUCGCGGAGGCCGUCGAGCCGGCGGCGAAGAAGCGGCGCACUUGAGUACUUGACCCCGGACGCGAGGCUAGUGCCCCUAAGGACCGCUGUGUUUUAUCACCGCGACCGUCGACGGCGUUGGGGGGGGCGCACGAGUCGUACAAAUCUUACUCGCGGAGACCGCGUCUUCUUCUGUGCAGGGGUGAUGGUGAUGGUAGAAAAGGGGGGGGCGGUGGUUCAUUCCGCGGCGAGCUCGGCCUUCGCCGCGUCGCGUGCGUUCUUACAAGGACGCCAGCGCCUCGCUCGACGAUCGCCGCGAGGCCGUGUCGACGCUCGAUGACACGGCGCGGGUCGCGCGGCGCGUGCUCGGCGGCUCACACCCUACCACAAAGGGAAUUGAGGGCGAACUGCGAAACGCGCGAGCCGCGCUCCGCGCCCGCGAAACGCCGUCGGCGUAAGACUGGGCGCGUAAUAUACCACAAACAAUUACAUCACCGCCGCCGCAAAACCCCCACGACCGCCCCCGCCACGCCGGCGACGAGCGCCGACAGCGCCAGCGCGUCCACGGCGCCGGCGACGCGUUUUUUGGGAGACACGCGGCAGACGUAGUGGCCCGGCGCCACGCGCUCCAGCGGCCGGUCCAAGGCGGCGACGACGGCCUCGCGCGCCCCGUCCAGCGCCGCGGCGACGCGGACCCGCGCGCCGGGCGGCAGCGGCACGACGCGCGUGUUUCCUGUUAAAACGACGGAGCAGACCUCGCGCACACCUAAAGACGAGGGCGACUCGACGACCCAGGGCCCGUUGAAGGGCACGUCGGCGUGGCAGACCUGCAGCACGCGCGACUCUGGAGACGUCUGAAGUCCGCGGCAGCCCGACGCGUCCGUGAAGAAGGCCACGUCCGUGUAUAGUGAUGAGCCGAUGUGCACGGGCGGGAAUAAGGGAGGAAACGCUCCCGAGGCAAAGCACACGAGCUCGAGCGGGCCCUCCGACAGGAUGUCUGAGCGCAUGCUCUUAAGGUCGAAUGCUGUCGUAGAGAAGGGCAACAUAUCUAAACUCUGGACGUCGCGCCCACCCACGAGCCCCGAGAAGUGCUUCCGGAACGUCGAGAGUCUAGCCCAGCCGCCCUCAUAUAGAGCCAAGUCGUCGAAGUCCAACAGAGCGUCGCGAAACCGCAUGCGCUUCACCAGGGCCUCGAAGGCCUCCAGCGGGCAGUUCGGCGCCGCUAAGACGGCAGCGACCUUCGCACCGCUUGACGCCCCGGCGACGCCGUCCAAACGCUUGCGCAAUUGGCGCGGCCCGCCGACGCCGUCCGCCAGUCCUAGAGCGACCCCAAUCGACGCCGCCUCGCAGCCGAAGCCCUGGGAGAAGGCCGCGCUGAAGGUGUCCUUCUCGAGCCAUUCGCGGAGCGUCGGCGCGUCUUCGCAUGAGGCCGUCGUGAUUGUUGUAACGGCGGCUGCUUUACGGGCGAGGUGGCGGAUGUUCUGGGCGAAGGCCAUCGCUGUCGUCGCUCUGCGCGAUGGCGUGCAGAGUGCGCAGCCUGCAGGCUGCUGCUUUAGGAGUCUAGGCGUGUGAGCAAUGCACAAAUGAUAACGCAGCGCAGAGCACUGGUGUGAGCUUGCAAGCGUGUGCCAAAUCUGAUUGUUUUGAGCUGCGUGAGCCCAAGUCAGCUGUGAGAGCUCCGCUUGCUAGUAUCUCUAUAACGCUAGCCCGAAUCGCACGAAAUCGCACGCCUUGUUUUGAGCCUUCCAGAGGAGUCCCGCGGGGAGCAUCAGUGUUGCGCGCGCAAUGCUCCAAGGCGGAUCUAGGCCUGCCGACUUGGUCUGCAGCUCAGAGCCACAAUCCGCGCGCGGUAAGCUAAUUGAUAAAGGUCUGCGCGUGAAUACCGCACAUUUCUUCUAACUUCACGGCGGGUCAGAGAUUGAUUAGAGUUUUACCGCUCCUGAUACCUUUUUGUAAUUUUUUGGGCUCUCCCAAUUUUUCACAAUCGGGCCGCGGCGGCCGGUCGCGCGCGCCAGGUCUCCGAGGAUCGAGCUACGGCGGCCGACGCAAACCGCUCCGAUGCCGCGGCCGCGUUCUGUGCGCACGCCGCCGCUCUACGCGCGAACGCGGCGGCUUUGGGAGCCGCGACGUACGCGGCGCGGGCUCAAGCCCUGGCCGAGUCCGCAGGAAACGAGGCCACGCGCGAGACGCUCGCCACGGAGCUCGAGGCUGCUCUGGAUGAUGCGGACGCCUUGCGCGACGCGCUCCGCCGCCGCGCGCCGCCGCCGCGACCUGUCGCCGACCGGCGCUCCGUCUCGGCGCCAGUCGAAGCCGUCGCUUCACUCGAGGCCGACCUCGACGCGCUCCGACGGGACGUGGCAUCUCUGCGGCCGCGCCAGCAGGCGUCGCGCCCCACAUGGCUCCUCUUUGCCGCCGCGGGCGUCGUGCUGACGGCGUGGAUCCUGACGCCCGAAGACCCCUACGCCGCGGCGCUCGCGAGCUAAAACGAGCUAAACAUGUCAAGUUACAUUGGGUAGGACGCCCCCGUCAGCUCCUUCAGGUCGUCCCAGAGCUUCUUUCGGGCCGCGGGGUCCUUCGCUUCCCGGUUCAGACCCGUGCCCGCGCACUCGCCCGACGACCGCCCGUAACUCUCGUCCACGAGCAUGUGGUAGGACCGCGUCGCCUGCGCGACCGGGAUGCCGCAGCGGCCCCAGCCCGCAAUUAGCAUUUUCGUGUUGACCGUACCGGGGUCCAUUGUAUGAAUACAAAGCGAGGGCGGGUCGCCGUAGCGCGCGUCGAGCUCCAUUGCGAUCAUGGCGCAGCAGAGCUUGGAGAGGGAGUAGGCGCGGUGCUCCGACCAGCGCUCGCACUGGAGGUCGUUCAACGCGUCCGCCGCGCCGGCCGACAUCGACGACGUGACCAGGAUGCGACCGGCGCCCGAGGCCCGGACGCGGUCGAGGAGCAGCGAGGUCAACAGGAAAGGGGCUAAUACGUUGACGGCCAACGAGUACUCAUUUCCCUCGGCCGUGACGACGCGUUUGCCGGUGUAGUCUCCACUAAAGGUUCCUGCGUUGUUGAGGAGACCGUCGAUGCUGUCAUAAGCUUCCGCGAUCUCGGCGCCGAGACGCCUCACGUCUGCCAUCGAGCUCAAAUCGGCCACGAAGCCUCGCGCGCUCCCGCCGUUCUGCUCGACCUCGGCUACUACUGCGUCGACUUUCGACUUCGUUCUGCCGUGCACGGCGACGUGGAGACCGUCCGCGCCCAGCUUCUGGGCGGUGAGCCUCCCUAUGCCGUCCGUGGCCCCAGUUACGACGUAGACCUUGCUCGGUUUCGCGGCGGCAGCUACGGUCGCCAUCGCUGCGAGUCUUUGGGCAGUGAUGCGCAUCUCUGGACAGCCGCACAGAGUGUUUUGCCGCCCCCAGCCGGCCGGAGAGCAAACUUGCUCUGGCUAAGCUGGCAGGCUGAAAAGAGCACCGGAGAACCACAGGGCUCGCUCAGUGCUAACAGAGGACAAGCCUGAACGUCCCAUAAACUUUCCUCGAAUUAUGGCGACAGUACGGCUGCUAACCAUGCUGCCACUCUGGUGGAGCCUCUGCGUAAGCAGUGCGCUCACGCCGGUACGGCUGCGAACGCUGCCACUCUGGUGGAGCCUGUACAUAAGCAAUGCGCUCACGCCGCAAGCCCUUCUCGCCGAAUGGCAAGCGGCGAGGAUCAAGUCGCUGGACGUCGACGCCUCGCGCUACCACGCGCAAGUCCUUUUCGUGGACGACGACAACGCGCGCGCGCGCAUGGCCGAGAGCUGCGCGGACGCGCUGGCCCAUUGGGCAGAUGCGGGAUGGUGGAUCUAUCCACAUUCCUGCAGCCUCACAGAGGACCAGGCGCUCAUCGAGAACCCGCGCCAAGAGGCAAUUCUCACAUCUCUCGGGUUCGACGGCACGCGGGUCACCGCCGCCGGCGCGGCGCUCGCGAAGGAGGACCUGGACGCGUACGACCUUGUUAUUUGCGCCGACGCGGCCGUCCGCGACGCGGUCCUGGCCCUCGGCGAAGAGAGCUACGAGACGUCCGUGCGUCUCCUCGCUGAUUUUGCGACGGUCGCGGACGCGCGGUCGCGGGCGCUCUUCGACGGCCUGGAUGUCGCCCUCGCGGAGCGCGCGCGCUCACGUCAGGACGGUGGCGAACUUGUGGUUGAGGGAGCCGACGCGCAGAGCGACCGCGACGGCUUCGACGCCCUGCUGGAAUCGACGCUCGUUCUGACCGCGGCGCUCGUCGUGUUCCUCAAAGAUUCGUUCGACGCUUCAUUCACCGACAGCUUCAACGGCUUGUUGCGCACCCAUUUCUACGACGAGCGCCACGUCGACGCACGGUGGGCGGACGCCGAGCCGGCGCUGCGCCGCCACAUCGUCACCGGGGCGCUCGACCCACGCGAGCGCGAGCGCCUCUUCGACGCCCACAUGACCGGGCUUCGGCAAAGGCUUAGCGGCGACGGCGUUUCGUCGUGAUGUGUGAUAUCUGUCCUAAAGUAUGUGUGAUUCAUGUUUCGGAGCUAGCGUAUCGACACUAGCUUAUGGCGCUUGGGGCGGGGAGGGGUCCCGCAAGACCGCGCGCAAAACCCGUCGGUUAAGCUGAGGCUAGCGCUGGCUAGGCGCUGUGCUUCAGCCGUCGGGCAGCCUCACGACGGAACCAGGCAGCAUACCAUGGAGGAAGAGGCACCAGCGACCGAGCCCGGCGAGGAGACGUGCGAGGCGGCGCCCCUCGUCGUCGACUGCACUGCCUUAACAAAUGAGACCCUGCGACUAGCCUUAAAACAAUGGUCCAGCGACGAAGAGCGAGCGGCGUUGCCGCCCAUGGCGACCUGGAACACGAGCGCGGUGACGAACAUGUCGGCGCUGUUUUGUGUGCGCGAGGACUGGAUGGAGGGCCGGCCCGAAUGGGACCGCUGCGUCCUCUCAAAACUCGACGCCGGCUUCGACGAGGACAUCAGUGCGUGGGACACGUCUCGCGUGACAACGAUGGACCGGAUGUUCAGCGGCCAGGCUGCAUUUAAUCAAUCAAUUGGAUCCUGGCGCGUCGAUAAUGUUGUGGAUAUGCGCUGGAUGUUCCACGGCGCCUCGUCUUUUAAUCAAGACCUUAGCGGCUGGAAGUGCGACAACGUCACGGAUAUGCACUCGAUGUUCAACGGCGCCAAGGCGUUCAACCAGGCGAUCGGCAACUGGGACGUGUCUUCUGUAACGGAUAUGAGCUGCAUGUUCGCUGGCGCCGCGGCGUUCAAUCAGGAGCUGGGCGACUGGCGGGUCGACAAGGUCGAGGAUACGAGCUACAUGUUCUGGGAGGCGUCGUCGUUCAACCAGCCGCUCGGCGCAGUGUCGAAAUCAAGCGCGGAGAGUAGACGCAGUACAACAUCGCAUCGAUGGCGUGGGGCGCCUGAAAUUCGAUUUCCACGCAGGCUCGGCGACUGGAACGUUGAAAGCGUCACGGACAUGAGCUGCAUGUUCUGCGGCGCCGCGUCGUUCGACCACCCUCUUGAGGCCUGGAAAGUUGACAACGUGACGAGUAUGCACGCGAUGUUCAACGGCGCUUCGUCGUACAGGCACCCGCUCGCGGAAUGGAGGAUCGACAACGUCACAAAUAUGGGCCACAUGUUCGCUGGUGCCUCGGCGUUCAUUCAACCCCUCGGUAAUUGGAAAUUGCGACCAGGCUGCCAGACUACAUCCAUGUUUGCCGCGACAGAUUUCAAUAACAGUCGU